AUGACAAUGGAAAACAAUAAAAAACAAUGUUUUAUAUGUAAUCAAGAUAGAAUACCAUAUCUUUGUGUGGGAUGUUCGAAAAACUUUUGUAUAAAGGAUUUCGUAAAUCAUCGUAUAAUACUAAAUCAAGAACUACAUCAUAUUAUUGAUGAUUAUAAACAAUUUAAAGAAAGAUUUAAUGAAGAAAGACCGAAUCCACAUGAUAUUUCUUUGAUAAAUCAAAUUGAGCAGUGGAAAAUAGAUUCAAUUGAAAAAAUUACACAAAAAGCAAAAGAAUGCACAGAAAUUGUCACUAAAUCUUCACAAACAUCUUAUGAUAAUAUGGUAAAGAAGUAUGAUGAUUUAAAUGAACAAAUAAAACAAAGUCAAAACGAAGAUGAAUUUAAUGAGAUUAAUUUAAAUUAUUUCAGAAACGAAUUAAAAAAAAUGACAGAAGAAUUAAAUAAUCCGCCAGACGCUUCUAUUCAACAAGAUUCUCAACCAUUUAUUAGUGGAAUUUCAAUUGUUUCAUUAGAAAAAAGACUAAAAUUCAACGAAUGGAAAGAAAAUGCCAUCACUGUAGCUGGUGGAAAUAGGGAAGGACCCGCAUUAAAUCAACUCAAAUACCCUAUGGGAAUAUUUAUUGAUAAAAACAAAAAUAUUUUUAUUGCUGAUAAUUUUAACGAUCGUAUUGUUGAAUGGAAAUAUGAUGCAAAGGAAGGACAAAUCAUUGCAGGUACAAAUAAACAAGGAAAUAGGUUAAAUCAAUUAAAUUUUCCAACAGAUGUGAUUGUUGAUCAACAAAAUCACUCGAUCAUCAUUGCUGAUCAACGGAACAGACGAGUGAUUCAAUGGUUGGAUCAAAAGCAGCAAGUUCUCAUCCAUAAUGUUGACUGUUUUGGCUUAGCAAUGGAUAAACAUGGAUUUCUUUAUGUUUCAGAUUAUAAGAAGAAUGAAGUGAGACGAUGGAAAAUGGGUGAAUACAUUGAAGGAGUCGUAGUGGCAGGUAGAAACGGAAACGGAAAUCAACUUAAUCAACUUAAUUAUCCUACUUUUAUCUUUGUUGAUGAAGAUCAAUCUGUUUAUGUAUCAGAUACCAAUAAUCAUCGUGUGAUGAAAUGGAGACAAGGUGCGACAGAAGGAAGAAUUGUGGCUGGGGGAAAUGGUAAAGGAAUAAAUCUUAAUCAAUUGUCAUCACCUUAUGGAGUAAUUGUUGAUGAUUUGGGGCAAAUCUAUGUGGCAGCUACGGGGAAUGAUCGAAUAACACGUUGGUGUGAAGGAAAAGAAGCAGGCGAAAUUGUUGUUGGUGGAAAUGGUCAAGGAAGUCAAUCAAAUCAAUUGACCUUUCCCAUGGGUUUAUCAUUUGAUCAUGAAGGAAAUCUUUAUGUUGGUGAUUAUCAUAAUAAUCGAAUUCAAAAAUUUGAAAUAAUUUUGUAA